UAAAAUCACUCUAUUAAACUGUAACUCCACAUGUGGUUGAUAGCCCUGCAGCUGUUUUGACUCUUGGUCUGUUUAGAGUGUUUGUGACGAAUGUUUUUUUCACUGAACUCAUGAUGUGCCGCUCCUUGAGAAACGAAAGUGAAAGUGUUUAGUUUUUUGUGUCACCAUUUUACAGACAGAAUCCAUCAUUUACAACGCAGAACAGCUUUUUAUCUUUAAUGUCUUGACUGAACAUUUUCUUCUAGAGUUUCUGCUGGAGAUUGAACUCUUCAGAUCCAUCAUGGAGGACAAACACACGUCUGGAGAUCAGGAUUUGUUUACAGGAUGCAGUGUCUUCUAGAGUUUCUGCUGGAGAUCAAACUCUUCAGAUCCAUCAUGGAGGACAAACACACUUCUAGAGAUCAGAAUUUGCUUCCAGAAUGCAGUUUAGUUCAUCAGAAGAGAGCAGAAGCAGAGGCCAGCUGUGUGUCUCUGAAGAGUGAGAGAUCUAUGGAUCCACUGACUAAUUUUAGGAGUGAAAACACACAACCUGCUCACAGUGUGGAUGGAGAUUAUCAGACUGGAGACCUGCAGCAGGAUUUACUCCAACCAGAACAUGAUGAACUUCAGAGAGUCAAAGACCAGCACAAGAUCAGCAUGAAGAACAAGUAUGAGAGAUUAUUUGAGGGAAUCAACCAUCAAGAGACUCAAACCCUCCUGAACAGGAUCUACACACAGCUCUACAUCAUAGAAGGAGAGAGUGAAGGAGUGAAUAGAGAGCAUGAGGUUUUACAGAUGGAGAAAACAGCCAGAACAAAAUCCUCACAACACACUCCAGUCUACUGCAAUGACAUCUUUAAAGCCUCAGCUGGACCAGCACUUAAGAAAAAAACAAGCAGAAGAAGAAACAAGAAGAAAACAAACGGGGAUAAAUCACAGAUCAAGACUGUUCUUACCAAAGGCAUCGCUGGAAUCGGAAAAACCGUCUCUGUGCAGAAGUUCAUUCUGGACUGGGCCGAGGGAAAAGCCAAUCAGGAUGUAGAUUUCAUGUUUGUGCUUCCAUUUCGAGAGCUGAACUUGAUCCGAGAUCAUCAGUACAGUCUUCACAGACUUCUGCUGGACUUUCAUCCUGAACUUGAAGAUCUGGAGCCCAAGAUUUAUGAGCAGUGUAGAGUUGUGUUCAUCUUUGAUGGUCUGGAUGAAAGCAGAAUCACACUGAACUUUUCAGAUGAGGAGAAAGUUUGUGCUGUGACUGAAUCUUCAUCAGUGGCUGUGUUGAUAUCGAACCUUAUGAAAGGAGAUCUGCUUCCUACUGCUCUCAUCUGGAUCACCUCCAGACCAGCAGCAGCCCAUCAGAUCCCCUCCAGAUACAUCAACCGUCUGACAGAAAUUCAGGGAUUCACUGAGCCUCAGAAGGAGGAAUAUUUCAGGAAGAGAAUCAGCGACGAGCAUCAAGCCAGCAGAAUCAUCUCACACAUCAGAAGAGCAAGAAGCCUCCAGAUCAUGUGCCACAUACCAGUCUUCUGCUGGAUCUCCUCCACUGUGCUUCAGAAGCUCCUGGAAGAAGAUCUGAGCGCAGAAAUCCCUCAAACUCUGACUGAAAUGUACAUCCACUUCCUGCUGAUUCAGAUCAACAUGAGGAAGCAGAAGUAUGAAGAGAGAGAUCCAGAGAAGCUCCUGCAGUCCAGCAGAGGAGUGAUCCUCAAACUCGCUGAAGUGGCUUUCAGACAGCUGAUGAAGGGCAAUGUGAUGUUCUAUGAGGAGGACCUGAUUGAGAGCGGCAUAGACAUCACUGAUGCCUCAGUGUAUUCUGGGAUCUGCACUGAGAUCUUCAAGGAGGAAUCUGUGAUUCAUCAGAGAAAAGUCUACAGCUUCAUUCAUCUCAGCUUUCAGGAGUUUCUGGCUGCUUUCUUUGUGUUUUACUGCCAUUUAACAAAGAACACAGAACCACUGAAGUUGAUUUUUGACAGAGAAUAUUCAUAUAAUCAAUAUCUACAGGCCAACUCUCUAUAUGAACCACUGAAGUUGAUUAACGACAGAAAAUAUACAGAUGAGGAAGAUGAAUGUAUGGAUGGUAAUGAAUUUGAAUAUGAACAUGAAUUGCCCAGGCCUAUGAAUGCUCUGUAUGAACUGCUCAGUUCAGCAAUAGAUAAAGCUGUCAGCAGUAGUAAUGGUCAUCUGGAUCUGUUCCUGCGGUUCCUGCUGGGCGUCUCACUGGAGUCCAAUCAGAGACUCUUCCAGGAUCUACUGACACACACAGAGGAGAGCUCAGAGAGCAUCAGGAGAAUCACACUGUACAUUAAGGACAAGAUUAAGAGAGAUUACCAUCUCUCAGUGGAAAGAUCCAUCAAUCUGUUCCUAUGUCUGCUGGAAGUGAAAGAUGAGACUCUGUCCAGAGAGAUUCAGGAGUUUGUGAAAUCAGACAAACACUCAGAGGAGGAACUCUCUCCUGCUCACUGCUCAACAAUCUCCUACAUGAUUGAGAUGUCAGAGGAGCCGCUGGAUGAGUUUGAGCUGCAGAAAUUCAACACAUCAGAUGAGGGAAGACUGAGACUGAUACCAGCUGUGAGAAACUGCAGAAGAGCUCUACUACAGUGCUGUAAUCUCACUGUUCAGUCCUGUGAGAGUUUGUCUUCAGCUCUACAAUCCUCAAACUGUGUCCUGAGAGAGCUGGACCUGAGUAACAAUGACCUGCAGGAUUCAGGAGUGAAGCUUCUCUCUGAUGGACUGAAGAGACCAAACUGCAAACUGGAGAUACUGAGAAUUGUUACAUGUAAACUCACUGCUAAGUCUUGUCAGAGUUUGUCUUCAGCUCUACAAUCCUCAAACUGUGUCCUGAGAGAGCUGGAGCUGAGUAACAAUGACCUGCAGGAUUCAGGAGUGAAGCUUCUCUCUGAUGGAAUGAAGAGUCCAAACUGUAAACUGGAGACACUGAGAUUGUCUGGCUGUAUGGUGACAGAGGAAGGCUGUCGUUUUCUGUCUUCAGCUCUGAGUUCAAACCCCUCACACCUGAGAGAGCUGGAUCUGAGCUACAAUCAUCCAGGAGAUUCAGGAGUCAAGCUGCUCUCUGAACAACUGGAGGAUCCAAACUACACACUGGACAAACUCAAACUGGAUCAUGGAGGAGAGAAGAUGAUUACAGCAGGACCACGCAAAUGGGCCUGUUUUCUCACACUGGAUCUAAACACAGCAAAUGCUGAGCUCAUUCUGUCUGAGGACAACAGAAAGGUGACAAAAGUGGAAGAGAAACAGUCGUAUCCUGAUCAUCCAGACAGAUUUGAGGAUCAUCCUCAGGUGUUGUGCAGAGAGAGUGUGUGUGGACGCUGUUACUGGGAGAUUGACUGGAGUGGAGAUUUAGUAUCUAUAUCAGUGUCAUAUAAGAGCAUCAGGAGGAAGGGGUACAGUGAAGAGUGUUGGUUUGGACGUAAUGCUCAGUCCUGGAGUUUGAGUUUCUCUCCCUCCAGUUGCUCAUUCAGACACAAUAACACACAGACUCGUGUCGCAGUAAAGUCAAUCAGCAGUAGAAUAGGAGUGUUUGUGGAUCAGAGUGCAGGAACUCUGAGCUUCUACAAUAUCUAUAAAGACACAAUGAGCCUCAUUUACUCAGUCCAGACCACAUUCACCCAGACACUCUAUCCUGGGUUUUGUGUUUAUUCUGGUUCAUCAGUGAAAUUCUGCACUAAAAAGCACUGCUGGAGAACCUUUAGAUGAAGAAAACAUAGACAACAGCUCUCACACACAAGUUGGUAAAGCUAAUGCUAACAAUGUUACGCAUCUAAAUGAUGCAGCAAGUUUGACAAAAGUUCUGGAGGAGAUAAGGGACUUUCGCAAAGACACAAAACAACUAAUCAGAAGAUAUCGAAGGUGGAAAAGCAACAAAACGUAAAACAUGUGAUGAGCAAAAUGUUAUAAAAGUAAUGAAUCAACAAGAAAACCAAGAAGGCAGGGCACAACAGGAAAAUGGAAGGAUUUGUAAUGUUACCAAGGGGGCAUCAAUGACAGUUUAUGGAGAGGUUUUUACAAGACUUGUUGUGAAUUUGAAGAAGAGACAAAAAACCAGGAGAAAUUUUUGGGUAUUUUCAAAGCAGAAUUCUUUAAUAAGAACUCGCCGGCGCUAUAGCAUUCAUCGAAAAAUCUCUGUACUAUUGCAGCUCGCACUCAGUUAAAUACACGAUUUAGUGGGCAGUGCUUAUUAGUAGAAACAGAAACUGACAUUACAGUUUUAGUAAAGAAAUCUUGUUUUCAGUACCUUGCCUGAAAGUAUCACCCAGCCAUUUGUUUGGCAAAGUCUCAGCCGGGCCUGGAACUGACAAUAUGCAUUUCUUUGGAGAAACUGUAUUUGACAAAGAGGCAGUGCCUGGCACUUCUUAUUUGCAUUACAUUGGAUAAAUGAUACUGUCCCUUGCACACAGGAUGUCAAACCUGCUCCAUCAGGUUUGACAUCCUUUUUUAAAAAGGAUGACAGGUUUUUAAAAAAUUGGUAAUCUUUCAGUGACUUGCUGGAGAUUCCUCCCACCAUGGAUUUUAGUAUCAAUAGAUAUAAUCUGGUGACUGCCCCAAAACCACCUGGUAAUAGGGAAGAAAGGCUGCGGUCAAUAAUAAUAAAACUACACCACUACAAAAAUUAAACAAGCAACUUUACUGAGGCUAAAUGAGUACUAAAACAGAAGCAGAUAAGCUUCCCAAUGCUGUUCCCAGCUAAACUUUUGGUGUUCUAUGAUGACAGGACACAAUUGUACCAGACAGCAGAGGAGGCAACUUCAGAUAUGAAAGACAGGGGACUUCCCAUCAUACCUAAAGAUAGCCUCGCUGAACAGCUGUCCCAUACCGCUUAGCUUAAUUCAGGGUCAUUGGUUAGAGACCCCAGCCUUGGAGUCAUACUUUAUUUGUUAUUGUGCUCUACAUAUUUUCUAGUUCUUAUUUGUUUAGGAAGUAAAUCGUGUAAGUUUUCUAUAGCCACAUUUAUAAACAUACAGUUGAAGUCAGAAUUAAUAAACCACCUGAAUUAUUAGCCCCCGUUUAUUUUUUUUCCCAAUUUCUGUUGAACGGAGAGAAGAUUUUUUUCAACACAUUUCUAGAUAUUAUUCAAGACACUUCUAUACACAGCUUAAAGUGACAUUUAAAGGCUUGACAAGGUUAAUUAGGUUAACUAGGCAGGUUAGGGUAAUUAGGCAAGUUAUAGUAUAACGAUGGUUUGUUCUGUAGACUAUAGAGAAAAAAAAUAUAGCUUAAAGGGGCUAAUAAUUUUGACCUUAAAAUGCUUUUUAAAAAAUUUUAAACUGCUUUUAUUCUAGCCGAAAUAAAACAAAUAAUACUUUCUCCAGAAGAAAAAAUAUUAUCAGACAUACUGUGAAAAUUUCCUUGCUCUUUUAAACAUCAUUUGGGAAAUAUUAAAAACAAGGGGGAAAAAAAUCAAAGGGGGGGCUAAUAAUUCUGACCUCAACUGUAGUUUUUUCAGAAAAUCAUGACCAUAGACUGUAAAAGAUAUGGACGUAGUAUCCGUGACAUCAUCCAUAGGUUUCUGAAGAGCGCAAUUUAAGCUACAAAUAGGUGUGGCCAACUGUCACCACUUUAUUUACUCAUCAUCGCACCAACCGGUGGUGACCAAAAAAGAGCAAAGAGGCAGAGAAUCAGUGGAGCUACAGACACCUGCUAGAAUUUUGCUUAGACAGGCUUUUCUUUAAGAGAAAUGCUUAAUACUUCAUUACCUGCGACUUGUUCUUUUUCUAACCACAUGUGCUUGGUUGUGUACUAUAUCAAUAAAGUGUUUAGACUUUUAAAAA